CAAGGCCAUAUUGCGUUCUCGAUCAAGUGUUGGAAGAGGUACAAAGUCCAACCUCAUCUCCACUGCCAAAACACCAGCUUUGCAGGACAAUUUUGCCGUUGUUGGAAACGAAAGAAGCAAACAUUUCGCGAGGAAGUUGAUCGUUCGUGAGUGUGGAUUUCAAACCGCUGUAGCUCGUAAUACCAUCGCUGGCAAGUCGCCAUCCAAUCAUGCCGUCGGGAGUAGUAGAAGAACGUUUGGAAAGCGCAAUGCGGUCGCCAAAGGCCAGGAACAAUCCACCGGGAGGCUCUGCUGGUUUGCGAAAGCAGCGGUUAAUGAGAGCCUCUGGAAGCCGGGCUUCUGAUAGUUCGGAACAGGAAGGUUUUGAAGUCGUGCGCGGAAACGCACACGGAAGUAAAGGAGUCGCCCAAUCUCCUGUUCAUCAUUCCGACCAGAACGUCUUUCGACACCCGCAAGCAGCGCAUCCCCAUCCGAUGCAUGGCUCGCUCGGUGUGUCCCCUAUACCUCACGGUGCGUACGCGCAUGCUUCCGGAUCCUGGGGCUACGGACCCCCACGUCGCCCGCAGCCUCACGGCGACUACCCACCUCCUUAUCCCGUACCUUCGUACAACCCCAAUACUUCGUUCGAUGAUGGGUACCACCGAACUGCUCACUACACUCCACAUGUGAAGUAUCCUCCACCGGGACGACGCUAUCCUACCGAUGACGUCAACGUGAUUUCUCCCCAUCACAGAGUGGCGGAGCUCGGAAGCUACCGUGCGAAGCACGGAGCUCACGGACCUCCACCAAGAGGGCCUCAUUACUAUCAGUACCCUCCCACAUCGCCUGUCUCGCGACCUGGGAAUGGCUCCGCUGGUCCGCCGCGAGUUCACCAGUAUGCAAUGCGACGUGGAGAAGGAAGCUGGCAUCCACAUCCUCCUCCACACUCCAUGGGAGGAAAGAUGGCUCGCCAUCGACCCCCAAUUGUCAAUGAGUCUUCCUUUGAUUCCGAACAUAACUCCCGUGAACCGACUCCGCUAGCAAAACGCCAAGCUGCGCUGCCGCCGAUGUCACAGUCCUCGCUUGAUCCCUGUGAUCGGUUCUACGGCGGCGGUGCUUCCUGGAACAGUUUCGACUCGGUUGGCGUAUCUUCGAACUUUGACGAUCGCCACUAUGGCUAUUCUCCACCGCCAGAUUUGCCCUACGGUACAGCCUACUCAUCAGGGGGUCUCUACCGUGCUGAUUCUUUUCUAGUGGCGAGAAAUUUCAGUAUGCCACAUGCGGAGUACUCCUUCUCGAUUGAUGAGGAAGAACGGUUGCUCAAGGAUUAUCACCCAGAUCGGGAUCGUUCCGGAGUGAAUGAAGUCACUCCCGCCAAGUCUUCCAAGCCGCGAUCCAAGAGCGGCACUCCUGUGGCUUCGAACAGGAGCAAGCACGAUAUGCAUCUCCCAAAGGCUGCUAAGGAAAUUGACUUUGUGGUGACCGACCCACCCAUGGAGCCCAUCACACCUCCGGGAACGGAAUCUGUCUGCGAAAGUUUAAACGACGUGAAUCAUUUUGACGUCCUGUGUGGUCGCGGCGGGGGUACGAAUUCUCAAGUGGGAAAUCGCCGCUUUCGGAAGCUUGUGCAAGAUUUCCAGCCGAUCUACCUUUUGGCGCGACGCAAGGAAAAGCCGCUUUUGGCGCGUACCAUUGUUCUGAUUAUUCGCAAGCGCGGUGGGCGGUUCUUGAGGAAAGAUGACGAAACUGGCGAGCUCAUCGAAGUUGGUGAUGUCAAGGCCGAAGCCAAGACGUCACAGGCCUUGCGGGAAGGUCUGGAUGUGCGCGCCACUAAAAAUGGUGCUUCCAAUAUUGGGAAAAAGAACAAAUCCAGUUCGGCUUCGCUGGCUGAUAGUGUGGAAGACGAUGAAGCGUUGUUGUCGAAUGCAGACGUUAUAAUGUCGAGAGACGAGACGGAAACACAUUCUCGAAUCUCCAAGAACGAGUCAUCUGCUGCAAUGGAGUCCCCACCGGUUUUGCCAAGGCUGCAGGAAGAUCGCGUACACGCCGGUGUGGUUUACCCUCAUUCUACGGAUCAGCAGGAGAGCCGGAAACGGCGGCGUACACGACCACUGACGGCUCCAUCGGACAGUUUUUUCCCGGAUUUCUGCCCUCCACGAGCCGAUAUUGCCCGCCCCGGUGAAGAGGACGAAGAUGAUCUUCUAGAAGAGGCGAGUAUCAACUACGACCAAGAAAGUUCGCCGACUGAUGGAUGCGGAAGUAUUGCGCUAGACGUGGUGACGGGUGCGGCUACCGGUAGUUUUUGCCUUGGGCCGACGACCUGGCGGCCUUAGCGCUGAUCCGGGGCGAGGAAGGAAUAUCGUCAACGUUUUGUUGAAUAAAUUGAAAGCAAUAAA